AUGGCUCACGGUCAUUAUCGCCAUUCACGCAUCGGCAACCGAAUUAGCGCAAAGCGUCGCCUGGAAGCCGAGUCAAAUGAUGAAAAUGCUGCAUCUAAUUUGCUACAAGAGGUUAAUCUAUUACAAAAACCUAUCAUUCCCAAUUCUGGAACUCUUCCGGAUGAAAUCUGCGACUCAACCAACAAUGCAAUGUGCCUUGAGCAUGGCAUGACUGAAUCCAAUCCACCGCUUGGGAAACGAGACGAGACAACCUCUCCUGAAGCAACUGUUAUCGAGACUGUGCUAGAGAUAGUUGAUUCGAGUUCACAUAUCCUCUCGCAGUCUACUGCUACCGAUCUUCCGAUGACGAUAUCGGAUUCAGCCUAUGAUACUUACACUCUACCGAAUUCGGAAAGUCUGGCUGUAACUGCGACUGCCUCUGCAGACAUCGAGGUAUCGACGUCGCCGACGCUAGCUCCUGCCACUCAGCCGACCACAUCACUACUACCGGCGACGUCAUCAUCAAGCAGCUCUGCAACCUCCAGCUCUGCAACUUCCGCCCGAUCUUCUGCAACCUCCAGCCUUCAAACUUCCACCCAAUCUUCCGCAAUCUCCACCCAAUCUGUCACUUCCACAACCCAAGUCCCAACAUCAUCAAAAGCUACCUCGGCUACAGCCAUCAAUUCGCCUGCAUCGACCUCAACCCCCCUCGUUGCCCCCUCAAGCACUACAACUGCAGCCACCACAUCAUUAUCCCAGGCACACAAUCACUGGUCACAUUCUGGUUCUAGCACUAGCUCUAGUUCGAACUCUAGCUCAAUCUCUGGCUCAAACUCUCCCUCAAUCUCUGCCUCAAACUCUGCCUCAAACUCUAGCUCAAACUCUGGCUUAAACUCCGCCUCCGGCUCUGGCUCAAACUCCGGCUCAAACUCCGGCUUCUCUCCGAGCUCGACCUCCAGCACAACUGACACCACAAUCGAUACGACAUCUUCAUCAAGUGUAUUCUACGGCUCCGAGCCAACCGGGACCGUAGCUAGUAUCGGAUUCGCGCCAACUGCGACCGAGACACAGGCCCCUGGGCCGGAUUCGACAAGCAAUCCGGACACAUCCAAAAUUGUGGGCAGUGUAGUAGGGUCGAUCGCUGGACUCGCCCUAAUUUUGGUUCUUCUGCUCUACUACCUCCGUCGCCGAGGACUCUUCAUGGGGAACAAUGUUCGUCCCGCUCUAUUAGGUGACGCAGCCGCUGGGGCUGGGGCUGUGGCUGUGGCUAGGGAAAUCACAGAGCGACGUGAGAGCAACGAUCCCCUUUUCACAGCCUCGUACUUUGCCCCCGCAUUUAUGAAGCGCUGGCGCCAGUCAAGUAUGACCACACGUUCAGGAAGUACCAUCGACUCUGUGCCCAGCGAACGCGGGUUCCAGAAAAUUUCUGGUCGAAAGAUUCCUCCCGUCCUGACUCACGGUGGUGACGGGUAUGGUGGUGGACUCGAUGGUGAUUCUCCUACCAUACCAGGCUAUCCUCCUACCUCCCCAGCGGUGGGCCCAAUUGGAUCACUUUCCUUCUUUGCCCCACCCACGAGCUCUGCAUAUGGAAUGCCCCUGGAUUCAAACUACACGCGCGAGGUUGAGGAGCACCCGAUGCCAAGGCACGCCAACCCCGUGCACCUCCCUAUCUCCAGUUCUGUCAACGUGGGCACGCCGAUCACAGUCACACCGGCACAGCCAAUUGCGCAACCUCAAAGCGCAAUCCCCUUCGUACCCCCGCGACCAGAUGGGCUCGGCCGCAGUCUGCCUAGUUUCGACGGGAGUCGAAGUAGCCGCUUUACCGAGGGCAUUGAUCUGUAA